AUGUCAUCGCUGAUAUUUCUGCAGCUCCUUCUCCUGGGGUUAAGGGUCAUCAACGCCACAGACACAUGGAGACACUGUACAGAUUUGUUCCCUCUGGAUCUUCUGUCUUUUGUCCUGGAGAGGGACCCCUCCAGACUCGUGCCCGGGGUGCACAUGAAGCAGGCCGAAGGGGUGAGGGGGGUUCAUUUCUCCAGCCCUCAUUCCUCCAUGAGCUUUCCCUCCUCCCAGCUGCUGGCAAGCUGCGACCUCUUCCCAAAAAACUUCUCCAUUGUUGUGACUCUAAAAGUCCCACACAUUUCCCAAAAGAGAAAUGAAUACAUCUUUUCCAUGUCGAUGCCAAAAACAGAAGAGAAAGGAGCAGUGACGGAGAAGGAGAACAUUUUGGAAAGUACUAAUAAAAGGAGUAUCAGGGAAGAUGGAGAGGAAAAGAAGAAGAAGAAGAAGAAGAAGAGGAAGGAGAGGCAAUUCCAAAGUAACGAGGAACGUGGACGGAUCAUCUUGGGACUGAGGUUUUCAAGAAAAUCCCUGCACUUCCUCUUUAAAGGUCACGGAGGGGUCGUGGAGCACUGGGUGUUUCGAGGCACCAAGUUGGCUGAUAACCAGUGGCACACUCUGGUUUUAACUGUUACCAGUCAACACGUGAGGCUGUCGUUGGACUGUAACCCGCCACUGGAAAUCAUUCCCACCAGGCCUUUCCCCUCAGACGUCAACAUUCAGGGAUCCAGAUUCCACAUCGGCAGCCGGGGAAGAUGGAAAGGCUUGUUUUCAGGUUUGUUAAGGCAGCUGGUUUUGGUACCAGGCUCAGACGCCACCAAUCAGAUCUGCCCAUCUUCCGACCCCCAGCUAGCAACUCUGUCAGUACCACCUCUCCUCUUAGACCUGCCCAUCACGGGGAAGGAGACAGACAGCCACCUGACUUCCUACGACACGGAGGAGCGAGUGUCAGUGGGUUUGGAGCGUUCGUGCUCGGAGAUGCUGCAAGGUCAGCUGUGGUUCAAUCCGCUCAAGAAAGGCCUCUACCUCUGCGACGGCUCCGUGUGGGUCACCGUGCUGGAGGAUCAUGAAAGGCUGGACUACGUGUUGGAACAUCAGGUCCUGACCACCAGCUCAGAAACGCAUGAUAUAGAGGUUUUCCGGGUACCGGGCAUCGGUCUGAUGGCUGCCAUGGCUCAACGCUCCAAAGCUUCUGGCUCUGCUGUGUAUCUUUGGACCCACUCGGGAUUCAAAGUCUACCAGAAUAUCUCCACACAUGAAGCCCUAGCCUGGAGACACUUCAACAUAGGAAAGAAAAUAUUUCUGGUGGUGUCUAACUCUGGGGGAGAGUUGGGCAAACGCUUAAACAAAGAGUCUGGGACUGACUUUUCUGUGAUUUACAAGUGGAGCAAGAAAAGAAAACAGUUUGUGCGGUUCCAGUCUCUGCAGACCUACUCUGCCCGGGACUGGGAGGCUUUUACCAUCAAGCAACAAACCUAUCUCGCUGUGGCCAAUCAUAGACAAGGGAAUAGCAAUCACACUAUUGACAGUGUGAUAUACAAGUGGAACAGGUUAACAAAGUCUUUUGAGGUUCACCAGACGCUGCCGACCUCGGGGGCCUAUGACUGGGAGUUCUUCACCGUCGGACCGUACCAUUUCCUGGUGGUCGCAAAUGCUUUUGAUGGAGUGACCACAGCUGUAGACUCUGUCAUCUACGUUUGGGUCAAUGGACGCUUCCAGGUGUUCCAGAAAAUUAAGACGUUCUGCGCCACAGACUGGGAAAUGUUUCAGAUUGGCAGCAGAUUCUUCUUGGUUGUUGCCAAUGGACACAGACUCCAAGGUAAUGAACCAAGUCGAUAUGCCAUCAACUCCACCAUCUACGAACUGGACUUGAAUGGACAGCUGUUUGUCCGCUUCCAGGAUAUUAUCACCUACAGUGCAGUGGACUGGGAAUUCUUCAGCCUCGGGGAGGAGCAUUUUCUGAUCGUGGCUAACUCCUUUAACGGAGAAUCCUACUCCCUGAACAGCGUUCUCUACAGAUGGCAGGGAUAUGAAGGCUUUGUUCCUGUUCAUUGGCUCCCAACCAUCGGGUGCAGUGACUGGGAGUUUUUCAGCUACAAGGGACAAUCCUAUCUGAUCUACUCUAGUGCCAAAGAGCCUCUCUCCAAAGUGUUCAAGCUCAAAACCUUUUAG